GUUGUUGUUGCUGUUGUUUCUGGUCAAGUGCUGUGAAGAUGUGGGGAAUGAAUGUUUAUGUUUCCGACUAAAGUGCUUCUUUUGUAAAUCACUUUCGAGCUCCAGAGCCAUGCAAAGGCUGAGGUUGAAGGUUGAAUUAAAAUUCCUGCACUUAUAAUUAUCUCCUGCUGUUGUCCUUUACGGACCCACAUGUACAUACAUGUGUACAUACAUAUGUACUUCCUUUCACCGCAUGUAUUUUCAAAUGUCAAUUAGUUGAGUUAAUUGAGCGAAAGUGCAAAAUGUGAACCGCAAUAUCGUUUAUAUAAAUUUACGGAAUUCACUCGCCUCUGUCAAUCUUUUGGCUUCUAUUGUCCCCUUGCCCCCCCUGGUCCACAGUCUUUUGGCCUUUGUUGGGGCAGCAGAGCCCUUUUGCGAGGCCAGCUUUGCGCAGUUCGAGGAGCUGUCGUUGAACAAGCGCAUGAACAGGUGAACAGGUGGCCAAGAACGAGGAGUCCACCGAGGAGGACGACAUCGAUGUGGAGCUGCGCCUGUCGCGCUUCGAAUAAGUGGCCGAAUGUGUACGACAUCUGGAACUCGUAUCUAAGCAAGUUCCUCGCGCGCUACGGGGGCACAAAGCUGGAGCGGGCCCGCGACCUCUUCGAACAGUGCCUGGAUCAGUGACCCGCUGAGCAAUCCAAGUACUUUUACCAGCUCUACGCGAAGCUGGAGGAGGAGCACGGCCUGGCCCGGCAUGCCAUGUCCGUCUACGAUCGCGCCACGUCCGCCGUCAAGGAAGAGAAGAUGUUCGACAUGUACAACAUAUUCGUGAAGAAGGCCGCCGAGAUCUACGGCCUGCCACGCACCAGGGAGAUCUACGAGAAGGCCAUCGAGGCUCUGCACGAGCAGCAUAUGCGCCACAUGUGCGUCAAAUUCGCCGAGCUGGAGACGAAGCUGGGCUAGGUGUGCGAUCCCCGCAUCACGGCGGACUUCUGACAGACCUGGAAGGAGUUCGAGGUGCGUCAUGGCAACGAGGAUACGAUGCGUGAAAUGCUGCGGAUCAAGCGUUUCAUUCAGGCCACCUACAACACUCAGGUCAACAUGAUGGCUGCCCAGUUUGUCAACACGAACACGAAUGGUGUGGCUGCCGAUGCUGGUGCUGGCUCCGGACCGGAUGCCAUGCGGCUGCUCGAGGAGAAGGCCUGCCAGGCGGCGGCCGAGGCCAAGCAGAAGCCCGCCGAGAAGGCUGCCUCCAAUAUCAUGUUUGUGCGCGGCGAGACCCAGGGCGGGGCCAAGGGCAAGGAAAAUAAAGUCGUCAAUCCGGAUGAGAUUGGUAUUGGCGACAGCGAGGACGACGACGACGAUGAGGAGGAGGACCCGCAGCAGCCGAGUGGAGACCAGGCCGAGGCAGGCCAGGCCACAACCAAAACCGAUGACGAGGGCCUCAUCAUGAAGAAACUGCGCUUCGAACAAAAGGCCAUACCGGCCAAGGUCUUUGACAGCCUCAAGCCGACAAAUCAAUCCGAUUCCGAUGAGGGAUAAAUCUUUCGUUUCUUUUGAUUACGCGAAAUAUAAAUGUAUGUCUGUGGAAUACUUCCCUCGAUUUGAGACCUAUUCUUCGGAGACCUAUUCUUCGUUUUGUUCGGAAAUUCAUAAAUUCCUCGAAUCUCAGCAGGCGUUGGCAAUGUUUCCCUGCCAGAGUUUGAGCCUUGGGAUAUCUCAUUCCUUUCGAAUCAGCUGUUGGAAGCACAUCUAUUCUCUCUAUUUUUUAGAUUUACAUUUUUUUUAUUCGCAAAAAAAAGCAAAAUUUGUCUGGAACUGUCUGAAAAAUAAGAGAACUUUCGUAACCUGUCGCGAGGGACUGUCACUAUCAUUAAGCGAUGAAGUCUGUACGCUUGAUGCACGCCCUGUGCAGGCGUGUCCAGCACACAUUCCUGGCCAGACGCAGAGAUGUGGAACAGCGACGGCACUACGCCGAGAAAUGUGACUCGGUGAUCAAAGGCGUUGUGGUGGGCGUGUACGCCAAGGAGGGCGACCGCCAGCCCAAGAUGACACCAUCCGGCGAGAAGUUUGACGAUCGCGUCCAGGGUAAGAUCACUGAUCUCAUACGCGAGACGGGCCUGAGUGGCCAGCUGUGAAAAGGCCGUGUCUUCAUGAACGUGGAUGCGGAGUUCCGUGCGGUGGCCGUGGUCGGCGUGGGACAGGAGGGGGCCGGCUUCAACGACCUGGAGAUGAUCGACGAGGGAAUGGAGAACGCUCGCGUCGCUGCCGGCGUGGGGGCUCGUUCCCUUCAACUGCAGGGCUGCACAGAUGUCUUCGUGGAGUCGAUGGAGUAUGCGGAGCAGGCGGCCGAGGGGAGCGCCUUGGCCGUCUGGCGCUACAACACCAACAAGCGCCGUCGGGACCGCACACUCAUUCCCAAACUGGAGCUGUACGACUCUCCCGACUCGGAUGCCUGGAUGCGGGGCCUGUUCAAGGCCGAAUCGCAGAACCUGGCCCGUCGCCUGGCCGAUACGCCGGCCAAUCAGAUGACGCCCACAAUCUUCGCCCAGUCAACGGUGGAUGCCCUGUGCCCCUGCGGGGUAUCCGUGGAGGUACGCAGCAUGGACUGGAUCGAGUCCAAGAGCUUGAACAGCUUCUUGAUGGUGGCCAAGGGCAGCUGCGAGCCGCCGAUCAUCUUGAAAAUCGCCUACUGCGGCACCGCACCCGAGGACAAGCCCAUCCUCCUGCUGGGCAAGGGCAUCACAUUCAACAGCGGGGGCCUCUGCCUCCGUCCCAAGGACUGCUUGUCCAUGUACCGCGGCUGCAUGUCCGGUGCAGCCGCCUGCGUGGGCGUCAUCCGAGCCGCCGCCGCCCUAUCGCUGCCCCUAAAUAUAACGGCACUGCUGCCGCUGUGCGAGAACAUGCCCUCCGGAAUGGCUGCCAAGCCUGGCGACGUGGUGUCCCUCCUCAAUGGCAAAACUCUCGGCUUCGUGGACGUCAGCAAGGCUGGUGUGAUGGCCAUGGCCGAUCCCUUGCUCUACGCCCAGACGAUCUACAGUGGGCUACGCCGUCUGCCCAGCGCUGGGCGGAGCAGCAGCCGGGAUUUUCAGCAAUUCGAACUUCGUCUACAAGCAGUUCGAGAAGGCCGGUGCCCUUACGGGGGAUCGCGUUUGGCGUCUGCCCCUGUGGCGCUACUUCAAGGAGCUGAUCAUGCCGAACGACAACUUUGACAUCAGCAACCGCGGUCGUGGCCCCGCCUCCAGCUGCAUCGCUGCCGCCGUUCUGCACGAGCUGGUGCCGUGCGUCGACUGGGCCCACCUGGACAUCCGCAACGUGGGCAUGCUGACGCGCUACAAUCCGCUGCCAUAUUUGCUGAAGAACCGCAUGACUGGCCGUCCCACUCGCACCAUCGUUCAGUUUCUGUUUCAGAUGGCUUGCCCCGACGGCAAGUAAUCUGAUUAUGUUCGUUACACAAUUCCUUUGUUAAUGUUCCGCGUUCCAAAUUUGUUGUUAAUUGAAGUACCCCCACACCCCACCCAUGAGCUUCCAUGCUGAUUGAAGGAU